CUGCUGUCAGAUGAUGGUUAAACCAAACUGCAUAAUGCUCUUAAAAUCCUACAAGUCAGGCACCUUAGUUUCCACUGAGUUGAUGCCACCUGAGGGUGCUUAGUACCUCAUAGUGAUAUGCUUAUCAGGAUGUCUUUUACUGAUAAAUUAGACAUGGGUGGAUGAUGCACUUCUCCAUCUUGUAGAUGAGAGAGAAUAAUACCCAGAUUAUCAAUGAGCAGUGGGUCAUGUUGCCAUGGUCACAAUGUGAGAUACGAUGGGUUUUCCCAGUGUCAUUUUUUUUGUAAUGCAUUAAGGAAGGACUGCAGCUUUUACAAUGUUUGAUACCUUUUUUCUCCCAUACAUUUUAGUGUUAAAAUGGCAGACUAACCAUGGGAGACUGGAAUUUCCUUGGAGGCAUUUUAGAGGAGGUCCACAUUCAUUCCACUAUUAUUGGAAAGAUUUGGCUAACAAUCCUCUUCAUAUUUCGAAUGCUUGUCCUCGGAGUGGCAACUGAGGAUGUUUGGAACGAUGAACAAUCAGAAUUUAUAUGCAAUACCGAGCAACCUGGUUGCAGAAACGUGUGCUAUGAUGAGGCCUUUCCCAUCUCUCUCAUCAGAUACUGGGUCUUGCAAGUUAUAUUUGUGUCUUCCCCUUCCUUGGUGUAUAUGGGUCAUGCCUUAUACAGACUAAGAGCCUUGGAAAAAGAGAGGCAAAAAAAGAAAGCUCAGGUGAGAGUGGAACUUGAAAGCACUGAAUUAGAAAUGACUGAAAAUCGGAAAAGACUGGAGAGAGAACUCCGGCAAUUGGAUCAAAGAAAGCUAAACAAAGCACCUCUGAGAGGCUCUUUGCUCUGCACUUAUGUGAUACAUAUUUUCACAAGAUCUGCAGUGGAAGUCGGUUUUAUGAUUGGGCAGUAUCUUCUUUAUGGCUUUCAUCUAGAUCCCCUUUAUAAAUGUCAGAGAGAUCCAUGUCCAAACACAGUCGACUGCUUUGUAUCUAGACCAACAGAAAAGACAGUGUUCAUAUUAUUCAUGCAAUCAAUAGCGACUGUAUCAUUGCUUUUAAAUAUCCUAGAAAUUAUCCACCUAGGAUUCCGAAAAAUUAAAAUGGGACUCUGUGGGCAGAAUAAAAACAAGGACGACCCUGACAAUUUCUAUGUAAACAAAUCUAAGAAAUACUCUGUGAUACCGCACUCUUCUUUGGGAGUAUCCACCACCCCUCAAAAAACUCUUCCUUCUGCACUUAGCGGUUAUACCUUUUUAAUGGAAAAGCAAACUGACACUGCUGUCUACCCGGUUCUAAAUUCUCCUCCCAUGUUUCAGUCAGUGCAAAAUAACUGUACAGAAAGCAGCAGCAAUUACACCCAUCGCAAUCAGGAAAAUAAAUCACCAAAGAGGAGGCCAGCUACAAAUGCUUCAGACAAUCAGACUCGAAAUACUAGCACAAAUAAUAAUGAAGGCUUGCUUGGCAAGCUUGGGACUGAAGCACAUGAUGUGCAAAAAGAGGCUGAAAAGAAACAUUUCCUUGUUGUUACUCAGAAUGCAGAUAUAGCUUUGAGCACGUGCUUGAGAAGCUUUGCUGAAAUGCCAUCUCAAACUUCACUGCGACCCAAUACCACUUUUCCUAUUACUGGUAUCAGAAGACAACAUGGAAUUGGUUCAUCUUGGAACUGCUCAGCAAUGGUUGAGAGUGCAGGAGCUUCAACAAAUUCUCUUCCAAAGAACAGCAACAGAAGACAAAGCAGUUUCAGUGCAAACAAAGCCCAACUUCCUUAUGAAAAUUCUAGCCGAGCAGACACUCCUGACUCUACAGAGGAGAUGAGCUCAGAAUCUAAGCAAAGUAGAAACUGCGAUAGUCCUAAGCCUUUCUCUCUGUCUAGGCGACUGUCGCUGUCAAGUAAUGCCAGCAGCAGGCGUGCCCCCACUGAUCUUCAAAUAUAG